AAAAUUACAGUGGUGCGCUGCUUUCUUCUUCGUCUUUUUCGAACUGCAGUUCUUCUUCUUUUUCAAUUUUCUCAUGAAGCCUUUUCUCUCUGGUGAAACUAUUUCACCUCUCCCCUAAUCUUUUUUCUUCUAAUUCUCUUCCUCAUUUCUCUUCCAUGGACACGAAGCAGCCAAAGCGUGGGGUCGACGGCUGAUUUGUGAGGUUCUCGGAGGUAUUCACGGACCGGCGGUGGGGUCGGCCAACCCCACCUGGGUCCGUCAUUGGUCUCCGUUGUUCUCUCGAGCUCUAUUGCUCCUCGCCACUGCUUCUGUCGAUUUGUGCUCGCCGUCCUCUUGCAGCCUCAACUCAACAACAUCAAGAAGCCCUAAUUGUAUUUGUUCUCCAGCUCAACUUCUUCACCGAUGUUGAAUCUCCUUCACACAAGUAUUUCAUCAAACACGCUCGAGGGAAACAUCUCGUGUUCCAGCUCGCACCAAUUUUCUGUCGCUGGUAAGUCAAAUUAUAUGCGAAUUUUAUAAAGUAUACCAAUACAGAAGAUCAAUUGGCUUCCCGGAAAAUCUUGAUUUUCGAUGGAAUGCUUACAUUUUGCAAGGAGUGAGAGCCUACUAGUUAAAACCGUAUGUGCAGUCGUAGUUAAGGGCUAUUGGGAUAAACUCUUGAAACCGAAGAUUGGUUCAAGCGUAACAUCAUCUGUUAUAAACCAAGUAUUAUCUGAAUUUUCUGUAAAUGGCUUCUUAGUUUCAUGGUCAUUCUUCAAAUGGGUGGAAACAAUCCCAGGGUACAAGCAUUCGUUGCAAUCUUCUUGGACCCUGAUUUGUACUCUCACGAAACAGAACCAUUUUAGGGCUGCUCAAAAUUUGGUCGAGAAGAUCGCAAGAAGAGAUUUUUUGUCGUCUCCUGCUGUUUUAAAUGCUCUUGUGAAUAGUUGCUGCGAUCCCGAUGUAAAUGCUCACGUUUUGAGCUGGUUGGUGAUAUUUUAUGCUGAUUCAAAGAUGACCUCAGAGGCGGUUCAAGUUUUUGAGCAUAUGAGGGUAUGCGGAUAUAAGCCUCACCUGCACGCCUGUACUGUACUUUUGAAUUCGUUGGUGAAAGAGGGGCUGACUAAUUUGGUGUGGAAAGUGUAUAAAAAGAUGGUUAAAGUUGGGGUUCAUCCAAAUUUACUUGUUUAUAAUGUGUUGAUCCAUGCUUGUUGUAAGUCGAGGGAUGCAGAGAAGGCGGAGGAGUUGUUGAUUGAAAUGGAGUCAAACAACGUGUCACCUGAUAUUUUCACGUAUAAUACGUUGAUUUCAUUGUACUGUAAAAAGGGUAUGCACUAUGAGGCGUUAUGCGUUCAGGAUAGGAUGGAAAAAGGAGGAGUGUGUCCGGAUAUUGUAACUUACAAUUCACUUAUUUAUAGUUAUUGCAGAGAAGGUCGAAUGAGGGAGGCUUGGAGGCUGUUUAAGGAGAUUAAAGGUGAUGUACCUAACCAUGUCACGUAUACUACCUUGAUUGAUGGUUAUUGCAGAGUUGGUGAUAUUGUCAAAGCAUUGCAGUUGCGUGGUGAAAUGGAGGCCAACGGGUUGUAUCCUGGCGUAGUUACCUAUAAUGCACUUCUGCGGAAGUUAUUUGAAGAGGGCCGGAUGGGGGAUGCAAAUAAAAUAUUGAAUGAGAUGGGUGAUAGAAAAAUCAAACCUGAUGUUGUGACUUGUAAUACAUUGAUUAAUGCUUAUUGCAAGAUAGGUGAUAUGAGAUCUGCUUUAAAGUUUAGAAAUAGGAUGUUGGAGGCGGGUCUGAGGCCUGAUCAGUUUACUUACAAGGCAUUGAUUCACGGGUACUGCAAAUCGAAGGAGAUAAACAGUGCUAAAGAGAUGUUAUUUGAUAUGAUUAGGGCUGGAUUAUCCCCAAGUUAUUGUACAUACACAUGGCUUGUGGAUUUCUACUGCAACAGAAAUGACGAUGAGGCUAUUUUGGCAUUGCUUGAUGAGCUAGUACAGGGGGGUAUUUGUGUUGACAUCAGUGUGUAUCGAGCAAUGAUACGAAGAUUGUGUAAGAAAGAAAGAAUUGGUUGUGCACAAAGAGUAUUCGGAGCUAUGCAAACGAGGGGGAUAUUAGGAGAUACUGUGAUCUACUCGAGUCUGGCUUAUGCACACUUCAGAGGUGGAGAUGACAUUUCUGCUUCUGCAUUGCUAGACGAAAUGUAUCAGAGGAGACUGAUGUUGACGCUCAAAAUAUUCAGAAGUAUAAGUGCUUCGUACGCAGAGGAUGGGACCAACUUAGACGCUUUUUGGAGUACUCUUACUGAUAGAGUCUCAAGCACCCCAGUCAAUGCCAUUGCUCGUACGCAAUCAGCGCAAGCUACCACGCUGGAGUGGCAAAGGGCCAAGCGCAGGAAAAGGGCAGCCAGCUGAUACAUAAGGCUAGCAAUGCAGCAGAGUCUGCCAAGGAAUCAGCUCAAAAUGCUGGACAGCAGAUUCAGGCAAAGGCACAAGGUGCUGUUGAUGCUGUCAAGGAUGCAGUCAACUCUAACAAUUGAGACCCGAACCUUCCAUCUAAUAUUUUUUUACCUUUGUUUGAAGUUGGGUUCAUGACUUCAUUGUUUUAUAUGUGUUCCCUUUUUCUGUUUAGGGAGGCAAGAGUCUCUCGUCAGAUUCUUCUUUUGAUAUAAUAAAAUACUUAUUAUUUUUAA